CCUUCCGAAGAUGCCGCUUCCUGGGCCUCGAUACCGACUGAAUUCCUCCUCGCCGAACUAUCCAAGCGACAUGGACCUCCAGUCACGAACGCCGAAGCUGCUGCGGCAGAGGCAACAAAGCCACAAUGCGGUUCAUCAAGGAAGGAGUCCUAUGAUACCGCGCUGCACAUUGGCGCUCUGAUCUUGAUAUUGGCGUUGAGUACAAUUUCAUGCGGAAUCCCAUUACUCCCCCGAAGAACCUCCAAAGGCCGACCGCAAAGCAUAAUCCUAUUCUACUGCCAGCACUUCGGCACCGGUGUCCUCCUCGCAACGUCCUUUGUCCACCUACUCCCAACCGCCUUCACCUCACUCACCGACCCUUGCCUUCCAUUCGUCUUCAACAAAGGCUACCCCCAGAUGGCAGGUUUGAUCGCCAUGGUGGCAGCACUUUCUGUCGUCGCGCUCGAGUCCUACCUAGCCACCCGCGGGGCCGGUCACUCCCACUCCCAUUCACACGAGUACGAGUACUGGGAUGAUGAAGAGGGUAGCGGUCACUCGCCAGCAAACGCCCAUGCCACGGGAAGUUUGGCGUCGCACAGACACGGCUCUCACCGGCCGGAAGAUAUUAACCUCGAUAACAUGGAUUCUACUCAGGGGCUGAUGGCGGGCGCAUCGCCUUUGCCGAGUUCGACACCGACCCGUGCGAAAGCGAACGAUAGCCUUGCCAACGGUCGAGAUAGCUUUGACGACGACGACGACGACGACGAGUCGGACAUUGACCUCGAUGUCAAUGAGCUAGACCCAACCCCCGCCGACGAACCCAGACGCCGAAGCUCACCUGGCAUUCGCCCGAAGAUUACAGUUACCCCCGGCGCACCCCAGAUCGUCACGGAAGAGGAGCAGAGCAAGCUUCUCCGCCAAUGUCUGCUACUAGAAGGAGGGAUUCUCUUCCACAGCGUAUUUAUCGGCAUGGCUAUCUCGGUCGCGACAGGCCCGACCUUUAUCGUGUUCCUCAUUGCCAUCAGCUUCCACCAGACAUUUGAGGGGCUGGCUCUGGGAAGCCGAAUCGCUGCCAUCCAGCUACCUCGAUCAUCAGCGCGGCCGUGGCUGAUGGUACUCGCCUUUGGAGGCACGACACCGCUCGGUCAACUCAUUGGCCUCAUCGUGCAUAAUCUGUAUGAUCCCAUGAGCCAGACCGGGUUACUGAUGGUUGGGUUCAUGAACGCCAUCUCGGCUGGAUUACUUCUCUUUGCUGGACUGGUCCAGCUGCUCGCCGAAGACUUCCUCUCCGAGAAGAGCUACAAGAUUCUAGAAGGACGGAAGCGGCUGAAUGCCUACAUGGCGGUGAUUGGCGGAGCAUCACUCAUGGCUAUUGUGGGAGCGUUUGCCUAG